AGACCACAUCGGUGACAACAUAGCGAUAUCCAAAUGGAAGGCUCUCAUCCUGUCAACCUUUGCCAUGUCCGGAAGCUUCAAGCUUUCAUCAACAGGUUCCACACAAUCCUCCAUUCCACUUCUUUAGCUUUCUUAUUCUAUUACAGAGCCUCCUCCUCCUCCUUCCUCCAUGAAACCACCUUCUUUCCCUUCCUUCUCAUCUUCUUAUCAGAAGCCAUCCUCUCCUUCAUCUGGCUCCUCGGCAUAGGCUUCCGAUGGCGUCCCGUUGUCCGGACGACGUUCCCGGAAAGAUUGCCCGCCGGCGACGAGCUUCCUGCUUUGGAUGUGUUCAUUUUUACUACAGACCCAAGUAAGGAGCCUACUGAGCAAGUUAUGAACACUGUUUUGUCUGCCAUGGCUCUUGACUACCCACCGGAAAAGCUUCAUGUUUAUCUCUCCGAUGAUGGCGGGUCGCCGGAGACUUUAAGUGGACUGAGGGCGGCUUGGAGGUUCGCAAGGUGGUGGGUUCCCUUCUGCAGAAGAUACAGGGUGAAGACUUGUUGCCCUAAGCUUUACUUUUCUUCUGAGAUGGACGAUGAUGAAGAUAUUGAGUUAACUGCAGAAAAGCAGAACAUGAAGGAAAAAUAUAAGGCUUUCAAAGCAGAGAUCAUGAGAGUUAGAACAGAUGGGCACGUCUCUGGCAUUAGUCAAGAUCACCCCUCUAUGAUUGAGGUGAUGGAAGAAAAUACUGCAGAAGAGAUGUCAGCGAAAGGGAAAUUGCCAGUGGUUGUGUAUGUUUCUCGAGAAAAAAAGACCUCUCAGCCUCACCAUUUCAAGGCUGGAGCCCUCAAUGUCUUGCUGCGAGUAUCAGGUGUGAUGAGCAAUGCUCCAUAUUUCUUGGUGUUAGACUGUGACAUGAUGUGCAAUGAUCCAACAUCAGUGAAACAAGCAAUGUGUUUCCAUCUUGAUCCCAACAUGUCACCUUCUCUUGCUUUUGUUCAGUUCCCUCAAAGAUUUCGCGGGAUCACCAGAAAUGAUAUAUAUGACUCUCAGCUCAGAUCUGCAUUUACAGUUUUAUGGCAAGGAAUGGAUGGCCUUCAAGGACCAGUGUUGUCUGGUACUUGCUUUUAUGCAAAAAGGGCUGCAUUUUAUGGAAACUUCACCAGUAAAGAUAAUAUGGAACUUGUUCAACUUCAACAGCAAUUUGGUUCAUCCAAUGAGUUCAUCAAAUCUCUAAGCAAAAACUACACACCUCAUUUGGUUUCUGUCACUACUGCUCAUGAAUCGUUACAACAAGAUAUCAAGUUGUUGGCCUCCUGCAACUAUGAAACGAGCACCAAAUGGGGUCAAGAGGUUGGGUUCUUGUAUGCUAGUGUAGUUGAGGAUGUGGUCACAGGGUUCUUCAUGAACUGUAGUGGUUGGAGAUCAGUGUUCUGUAAUCCUCCGAAGCCCCAGUUUACGGGAAUUGCAACUACAAAUUUGAAUGAUUUGUUGAUUCAGGGAACAAGAUGGAGCUCCGGCUUAAUUGAGAUUGCACUGAGCAAGUUUUGCCCACUCAUAUAUGGCCCUUUUAACAUAUCUCUACUUCAGAGUUUGUGUUAUGCAGAACUCGCACUCUUCCCUCUUUAUUUCUUCCCCAUAUGUUGCUUUGCCAUUAUCCCUCAACUUUGCUUACUCCAUGGGAUCCCCUUGUACCCAAAGGUUUCAGAUCCAAAUUUCUUCAUCUUUGCCUUUAUCUUUCUAUCAGCACAAUGCAAGCACUUGCAAGAAGUGCUCACAACGGGAGGCACAUUCCAGAACUUCUUAAACGAACAGCGAAUGUGGAUGAUCAAAUCAACCACAAGCCACCUUUAUGGAUGUCUCAAUGCUAUUCUCAACAGUCUCAGUCUGAAAAAGUCAACUUUCUUGCCAACCAACAAAGAAGAAGAAGAAGAAGGACAAGACAAGGAACAAAGAACAACGUUGUACCAAAUGGACAUGUUCGAUUUCAGAACCUCACACAUGUUUCUCGUCCCAUUGCUUGCCUUUCUCUCCAUCAACGUUUCAUGCUUCAUUGGAGGACUGUGUAGGGUGGUGGUUUUUGAAGAAGGAAACUGGGAAGACAUGUUUCUGCAGAUUUUGAUUUCUGGGUAUGUCAUUGUUGUGAACUAUCCUAUCAUUGAAGGCUUGCUUCUGAGAAAAGACAAGGGACGUGUUCCCACUUCUGUUGUUCCUUCUUUUGUUGCCUUGUUCGUCAUUAUCCAUUUGGGUUUCUUCCUUCUUUUAAGGAUUUUGUAAGUCUCUUCUCUGUCAUAUGCUCUCUUUCUCGUCAUGUAUUAAAGCUUAGAAGGCUGUUAUGAAGAGAUAUUAUUGAUUAGCUACGAAUAAAAUCUUUACAUUGGAUCUGUAGGAUGUGAACUGAAUGUUUGUGCAUUAUUAUUACCCCAAUGUUAACCUUGGUUGGUUUGGUGAA